UUAUUCAGUCUUACUCUGUAUUAUAAGAACGAAAAUCGUCUAUAUGUGUAGUGCGUAUUUCAUAAAAUAAUUUGACUUAAUUUUACUUAACUAGUAUAAAAUUUUCAUAUUAAACUUCGAAUGUUCAGUUUUCUAGUCCGUUCCACAAGACAGUAUGAGCUUUCUAAUAUUCUCAACAUUGGUUAUGAACUCUUUCAUUCAAUAUGCGGCCUCAACUGACUGCUAUUGGAAUUCUGGGUGCAAAUACAAAUACUUUUCAAGUAAAACCCCAUAUGAAAAUAUAAGAGGUGAUUUAAGGGAUUCUUAUGUAGAACUGCCAGGAUGCGAACCGAUCAGUAUUUGGACAGUUAUGAGACAUGGAAAAAAGAACCCUGGGGUGAAGUUCUUAAAGCACAUGAAGGAGGUAAUACCUUAUAAAGACCAAAUUAUUUCCAGUUACGACAGUGGAAACAGCCUGUUAUGUGCUCAAGAUGUAGAUAAUUUUCGAGAAUGGGAAGUACAUAGGAGUUUUAUUGAAGAACCGAAUAUGAUCAUGUCUGAGGGCUACCAGGAAAUGUUGGGUAUCGGAAAAAGGUUUAGAGCAUCGUUCUCAAAAUUGUUGAAUAAUUUGACCGAAGAAGAUUAUUUGUUUACCCCAACAUUUGGCCCUCGGACUGGAGUUUCGAUCGAAGCUUUCGUUGAAGGUUUUGGGAAUGAAAACUACGUGAUUCAAAAACCAAAAUAUAACCAAAGUACUGCUAAUCCUUAUGGAGCGUGUGAUACAUACCUCAAAGCAGUUUUUGAUAAUCCAGACACAUACAAUGAAACUCUAGUUUACAUGAGGACUGAAGAAUAUCUCGAUAUGAAAGCAAGACUUGAAAAGAAAUUAGGCUUAAAUUUUACAUUAACAAACAAGAAUAUAGUAGCAAUGUACGACCUCUGCCGGUAUACUUCAGAUGGUAUCAAGAGAAAAAACAGUCCCUGGUGUGCAAUAUUUUCCGAACAAGAUCUAAAAAUACUCGAAUAUAUCGCUGAUUUAGAACAUUACUAUAGAAACGGAUACGGAGCAUCACAAUACAGUAAGAUAUUUGGAGGAACAUUGUUAGCAGAUUUGCUGAUAAAGCUACAAGAAGCAAAGAAUGGGAGGGGUAAAAAAAUUGUCGUUUACAACUCGCAUUCGACAAUGAUGGACAUGGUAGUGGUUGCCCUCAAUCUUUUCAAGGAUACGAACCCACUUACUGGAACUCAUAGAGAUGUAAACAGAAAGUAUAGAUCCACGUUUGUGUCUACGUUUGGUGUUAACAUGAUAGCCGUUCUUAACAGAUGCAGAAAAUCUGGUGAAAACGUUUACGAUCACAAAAUCGCAUUUUAUUGGAACGAAAGACCAUUAUUAGAAAUGUGUGACGGAGGUGUCUGCACAUGGCAGCAAUUCGAGGACAUCUUCCGCCCGUUUUUGAACGUAACCACUGAUUUCUGCAGAAUAGACACAGAAGUCCAAAUAAAAAAAUAUUGACAUUAUAAAUAAAA